AGCGCCAUGACCAGAACCAAGCAAACCGCUCGCAAAUCCACCGGUGGCAAAGCACCCAGGAAGCAGCUCGCCACCAAGGCUGCGCGCAAGAGCGCCCCGGCCACCGGCGGCGUGAAGAAGCCUCACCGUUACAGGCCCGGCACCGUGGCUCUGCGAGAGAUCCGUCGUUACCAGAAGUCCACUGAGCUGCUGAUCCGCAAACUGCCCUUCCAGCGCCUGGUGAGAGAAAUUGCCCAGGACUUCAAGACCGACCUGCGCUUCCAGAGUUCCGCCGUGAUGGCCCUGCAGGAGGCUAGCGAGGCUUACCUGGUCGGCCAGUUCGAGGACACCAAUCUGUGCGCCAUCCACGCCAAGAGGGUGACCAUCAUGCCCAAGGACAUCCAGCUGGCCCAUCGUAUUCGCGGAGAGCGCGCUUAA